AUACUCAAGCAUGUACUAUUCUUUUGAUGCGUAAAGGAAUUUAUAGUCUGCAGUAAACAUUGUACAGUAUUUAAUUUCCCUGUCACAUAGUAGACUACAUUUUAAUACUCAUCAUUUCAGGAUUUUAUUGUCUGAAUCAGUCAAAAUGGGACUCAUUUUAAUGGAAGCUAAACUGUUUUUUUAAUUGGAAAAAAGUGGAAGUUUUUUAAAGAUUAUACUAUAUUAUAAUGAGAUAAUUUACAGGCAUUUCGUGCAAGAAACUUGUUGACAGUCUCAAGGAGUGUGUUUAUCUUCGUGUGUUCUAAAUCUUCUGUUGUCAUUUACUGUAUUUGGAUCUUGUGGAAAAGCAGAUCUUUUGAGGCUAAAGUUUGGAAUAUUUGCGUAGGUGAUGUUUGACAAGAUGCGCAGGUUAUUGCACCACAAAAAUGAUAUUGGACCCCCUAUACCGCCAAGGCCAGACAUUCCAGGAGCACCAAAUCCUCCAUCACCAGAAAGGCAAGACUUUGCAAGCCGCAUACAUAGGGAAAGAGGUGAAGCAUUUAGAGAGUUUCGGAACAGGAGGCAGAUGAACUGUUUAGAAGACUUAAGAACUAUGAACUUUUAUUAUGAUAAAGUGAAAGAAGAUGAAUUGCAGGAUAUUAUGAAUCCACACAUUUAUGCUACUGGGCGUUAUAUUUUACGAAAGAGCAAUUCAAACCCUGAUGCCUUUACUAUUUCUGUUGUACACACUAAAUCACACAUCUACCACUUCAAGGUAUUACCACAGAGUAACAUGUAUGAAGUUACGAAGGAUUUAAGAUUCAGAACAAUACACGAAAUCCUUGAAUACUUCAAAAAUAAUAACAUUCCUGGAAGUAAAAUACAGAACUUAAAGCUUACGUAUCCAAUUAGUAAGCGAACCAAACCUAGGUCUGUUGGUGAUAGACCACUGAAUAUGACUCCACCAGUUAUACCAAGGAGGGCGAGUGAUCCUGACCUCAUCCGAAUUCGUGAUCGCCUGCCUACGCCCCCUCCUACUGAUCAAGAGGAGCACAAAUACACUGUAGUCGACAGCACUGAAGAAGAUAAACUUGAGAUGAUUCUACAAUUGUGUAAAGAACAGGAUUUGUUCCAGCAACAAAUGCGUAAAAGAUGUCUAUGUGGACUCUAUUAUGAUGAAUCAAUACUGAUUCAUGACUGGAUGAUGCAUCGUAUGAUCAAUGGCAAUGGCAAAAUCUUUUUUGUUAAUGAGAGAACAAAAGACACAUUUUGGAAACUUCCAGAUGAAAUCCAAACUGACCUUAAGAACUAUUAUCCCAAUCGUUAUAAGAAUUUUCUGCGCCUUCAAGAUGAAAACCAAUAAAAAAAUGUUUCCAAGUUAUUUAAGCAGAAACAUUAUACUUUCCAGAGAUACUACUACCAAUAAUAAAGCUUUCACACACAUAUUCAUGAACCAUGUAAUAUUUAUAUUAUAAUAGGAUCACUCCCUUGCCAAUCCUAGCCUAGAAUACUCACAGCUACGGUGGUGAUAAAUAUUAUACUCAGAGCCUUAAACUCGGCUACAUUACAUCAGCCUAUUACAUGGUUGGAAUAAUUAGGUUUAAAAUACUGUAUUGAAAUUUAAAGAUGUAAAGUGUACCAUGCAAAAUACAAACAAAAUCAUAAAAAUCAUUUUUUGAAAUGAAAUUGUUCAUUUUGAAAUCCAUUUGAAGUCUUUAAUUUGGUUGACAAUGAAUUUAAAGCCAGGCUGUGGAGGAAAAAAAUUGUUUGAUAUGUUGGACAACUGAUUUUUCUAUUUUUUCCAUUUCAUUUAUUACUCUAUAAAAACAGCUAAAAAAUACAAUUAAAAAAAGAUAGUCCAAAAAGUGGAUUUUACAAAAGACAGAGACAAUAUUACACAAAAUACAAAAUAUAUCAUAAUCACCCCUUAAAAUAAUCUUUCAAAGCUUUAUAUAAAUAUUUGAAAUUUUAAAUAAUUAUUUCUCUAACAUCAGUUGGCAAAUUAUCCCAAUGAUCAUACAGAUUUUUGGAUAUUUAAAAACUGGGGGGGGGGGCAGGCGGAGAAUGGGGAAAAAGGGUGCUUAUGGCCCAAUUUUCUUGUAAAACACCCUUUUUAUGUUCUAAAAAAAAUCAGUUGUUCACCAUGUCAGCAAUUUUUUUUCCCUCCAGAAUAUGGCUUUAAAAAUGUUUGUAGUAAAAAGUUUAUAUAAUAGUGAAAACUGAACUGUUUUAAUCUGUCACUUACUUGAAGUAAACAAAAAUAUUAAAAUGAGCAACUCAUUGUUUAUUGUUGGCAGUUUAGGUUUUGUUACAGAUAGUACUGUAAGCCUGGUAUUCAAAAAUAUCGCUUCCAUUGUGUUGCUCGUGUCGAUGCAAGCGGCUAGGUUCCUCAAUCAGACUGACCAAUCAUCUUUGCCAAAAGUUGCAGUGUGAUUUCAUUCAAAGAAACUAGGCUUAAAGAAGACAAAUGCUAAAAAUCAUUCAACUAUGUUGUAUUCUUUAAAAGUAGGUUACAAAUUUGGAUAAUAAAGUAUGUUGUAAGAGUGUGUGUUAAUGUAAUACUACAUUAUAUAGUAUUUAUAUAUAUAUAGAUUUAUUUUAUUAUAUUGUACAAUUAUUAAAUGGUAAAUAUUUUGUAAAGUGUAAAUUUCAUUUUAGAAUUUUAAACUUAGUAGUACCUAAGAGUUUUUAUGCAAAUCUUUUAAUUUUAUAUUACACAGGAUUCAUUGUCAGAAUUUCAAAUUUCAGAAAUGUUUGUUUCAAAAAGAUUUUUUCGCAUUAGUCCAUAUUGCUUUCAGAUAGUUAUAUCAUUUAUAUAUAUAUAUAUAUAUAUAUUUUUUUUUUUUCUAGUGUAUGCAGUUUGAUAAGAUACCUGAAAUCAUUUUAACCUAAUUUGACUCAGCCCUAUGGGGAUGCAUGUGGGUGUGAGUAUAAUAUAAUAUAUGACACAUUCAUAUCAAGGGCUUUGUUGUGAUGUAUUUGGAGUGUUUGAAUUCCAUAAUUCCAAUGGUAAAUUAUAAUGAAACUGCCUGUAAAGUCUAUGAAAUAUAUACACUUGUAAAGCCUGUCAUUUCUAAUGAGAAAUCUAGACUUAGGUAAAAAACCAAGUAAUUGAUUUUCAGGUAGAAUCCCAGAUUUGAAAUCUGUUUUAAUAUAUUGAGGAAUUUUGAAUAUCCAAAAUGAGCAUAGGUAUGUGUAGUGCCCCCUUUGUAUUAACGACUUGAACCAGUUAUUUCUUUUAACCGUUCCACUUAUUGAGGCGUGCCAUCCCAAAACCAGCAUAUUGUCACUAGGUAAACCAUGGCGGAAUAAGCAUAAGAAUAUGGAAGUAUUGUAUACUUUAGUACUAUAAGGAGAAGCACAAUACUUUUUUUUCAACUUAAUAUUAAAAUGAUUUCAAUAUGCAAUGACCAAUCAUUUGAAAGCUUACAAUGUGGAGAAUAAGAAUGUACUGUAUACAAAGUCAAUUUUCAUUUUUUUGAUCGCUGGUUCUGCUUUUUGAGAUAGCAAGUCUCAUAUAACAGUCCAUAAAUCGUAAGUAACAAGAACUCACUACAUAUAAAAUGAUAGUACAGUAGAAAUAGUUUUGUAUGAUUUUUAUUUUCAUUUAGAUAUUAUCAUAAAAAUGAUCAACUAUAUUAUAUAAUGAAAUAAUUGAGUAUAUUUUUAAAAUAUUGAAUUUAUAAUGACCCAUUUGGACAAGUCUAAAUAAGUACCUCAGAUAUAUAGUACUCUAUAUACCGUUUCUACAAAAAUAAACUACUAAAUUUCAGUAAA